AUGGACGUAGUCAAAGAUAGCCGCAAGCUCGAAGGCAAAACCAACUUCGUUAGUUGGAAACGUGAAUUUGAGCGCGCGGCCAGAACGAAUGAUAUCUUUGAAUAUCUCACUGGCGAAGAAAUGGUUCCUUCGAAGCCUAGGAAGGAAGACUAUUUUGAGAAACCCGUCGGAAUUGACACACGUCGUCUCACCCGAGCUAUGUCAGCUCAGGCCCAGACCACCACUCCUUCGACUGAAGGUGACGCAGAUAUAUAUGAUACCCAGGCCAUGGUGUCAACCAACGAUAGCCUUCGAUGGCAGAUUGAACUCAAGGAAUAUGAAAAGGCCAAGGAAAAGAUGAAGCUUGCGGGCAAAUUGCUUGAUUCCUGGGUCUGUGAAGGCAUCAAGAUUGAGAUCGAAGAAUUUGCAGACGCUAAAAAGGCCUAUGACUUCAUAAAAAGGCGCUAUGCGGUCACCCACGAGCGUGCCCGCGACGACUUACUAAAUGUGCUACACGAACUUAAGCUUGACGCCUGCUCAUCCAUGACCGAGUACACCAACAAAGUGCGCCAGGUCAAAGCUGACCUCAAGACCGUCAAGUACCAUAUGACUGACGACAUGCUUGCCACUGUCCUUCUCCAUGGUCUCCCACCGAACUAUCGUGACUUCAAAGAGAAAUACGACUGGAUCCGCUCGACCAAACCAGAUGACUCUCCUGACCUGGACUAUCUCUUUGAACGCCUCCAUGUCGAGGAAACCAAACAAACUCGCCAGAGUGAAGAAAGAAAGGCCAAGGACAGGGCAAGAAAGGCAGCAAGCAGCCACAGUGGCAAUCCCAAUGGUGGUACUGGUUACAACAGCAGCCGAAGACCAAAGCGAGAGGAUAAGAGCCAUUUGAAAUGUACCUAUCCUGGAUGUGGCAAGACCGGUCAUACCGAAGAAACUUGCUGGACCAAAGAACCAUCCAAAGCUCCCCGCUCGGUCAAGGAUAGGAUCGCUGCCAACACUGACAAAAACCCCGUCGACGGUAUGGGUGGCACCACGGAAACCAAUCUCACCACAUUCAGAGACGCUUACUCUGUUGCCGACGACCUAGGUGCGGCUCCCUUCCCUGCACUUCAUGCGAACGUAGCUGACACUUCGCCACAGAUGCGUAAUGUCGGGCCCGGCAGAGAGGUGCAGCGAUCGGGGGGAGCUAGCGCUGGUGUCUUGGAGUUCAGAAAAUCGAGUCUUACGAAACAGACCUUGGGAGCCUUUUUGGUUGGCACAUCCUGUACACCAGAUACAUGGUUAGCGGAUACUGGAGCAAAUAUGCAUAUUGUCAAUGAUACCAAAUGGUUCAAGCAGGAAACUUUUCGCCCGUUCCGUGACUGUUCUAUAGACAUCAGCACUGCCGAUGGAUCUACCACUCUAGAGGUGAAAGGAGGAGGUGACGUCCAAGUCGUGCUCAGGAAUCCUGACGGUAUCCCAAGACGAGUUUCACUUUCAGAUGUCGCUUAUGCUCCCCAGAGGAAGUGCAACCUAUUUUCAGGCGGAAUGUUCGCUCAAAAGGCCAAGCUCACUGGCGUCUACAACGACCAGUACAUGACCUGGAUCAAUGACCAAGGACAUAAGAUUGGACAUGCCAUUUUUGAGAAUGGUCUAUAUCAUCUCAACGCUGAAAAGGCACUCAGCCCUUUCGAAUCAGGGGAGGUUGUUGCGGCCACUGUGAACUUUGACGAUCCAGUAUGGAAGUGGCAUCGUCGACUUGGGCACCUCGGAUUCCAGAACAUGCUGAAAUUGUUGCAUUCCGCCACUGGGAUGGAAAUCACCGCAGCACAGAUCAAGGCCAAGCCAGUGAUCGGAAUGGUCUGGUCUGUCUUGGUCUUGGUCUGGUCUGGACCGCCAAGACUCAGUCUGGUCUGGCAAUUUCUCGAGACCAUGGUCGGGCCAUCAAGUACUAUAAAUAGGUUAAGCUGA